CUGCUGCUGCUCACCUACCCUUUGUUACCCUCUUUGGGUCAGACCUGGCAAAGAUGGAAAGUUUCAAGUGGAAUGGCAGUGUUUUGGUAGACAGGCUUGUCUCCCUGUCUGCUGCAGGUUAUAAGGUUUUAAUUCCUAUUAGGACAAGCAGGAUGUGCUACUGUGGGUUCCUGAGGGAAGGAAUGGAGCUGUUCUUCUUGCCAUCAUCAUCUCUCUGAAAUGGACCUGAAAGCUGCUUGGGAAGUCAGCAGCUCACAGACAUGUAAUGCUUUCCUUGCUUUUUGCUUCCAGCCCUGUUCCACCCCCUUGGAUCCAUUCUCUCUCUGUUGGAAGGCACCACUCCACCAGGACAGAGGAGCACACUUGUCCUUGUGUGUACCUUUGGAACCACUCCACUCGUGGGUACAGAGGAAUCUGAGAUGAAAGAGAACUAGAUUCUGAUGAUCAUCUUGACACUGUUGCUGUCACCUGCACUGACAGGAAAAGGAACUUUAACAUGCCUCGUAGCCCCACAUCAAGUGAAGAUGAAAUGGCACAAAGCUUCUCUGACUAUUCUGUUGAGUCUGAAUCAGACAGCUCCAAAGAAGAAACUAUUUAUGACACAAUUAGAGCAACUGCAGAAAAGCCAAGCAGCAGAAUGGAAGAUAGUCAGAGCAACACUUUAGUGAUUCGAAUUAUCAUACCUGACCUGCAGCAAACGAAAUGCAUUCGAUUUAACCCAGAAGCUUCAGUGUGGAUUGCAAAGCAGCGGAUUUUGUGCACUUUGAACCAGAGUUUGAAAGAUGUCCUGAAUUAUGGACUAUUCCAGCCUGCAAGCAAUGGGAGAGAUGGGAAGUUUUUGGAUGAGGAGCGACUUCUAAGGGAAUACCCACAGCCAGUCAAUAAAGGAGUUCCUUCACUCGAGUUUCGCUACAAGAAAAGAGUGUACAAACAGUUCAACCUUGAUGAAAAGCAGCUGGCCAAGCUUCACACCAAGGCCAAUUUGAAAAAAUUUAUGGAUCAUGUCCACCAUCUCUCUGUGGAAAAAAUUACCAAGAUGUUGGACCGGGGACUGGAUCCAAACUAUCAUGACUUAGAAAGCGGAGAAACACCCCUGACUUUGGCAGCUCAGCUUGACAAUACAGUAGAAGUGAUAAAAGCCCUGAAAAAUGGAGGAGCACAUUUAGACUUCAGAGCCAAAGAUGGAAUGACAGCUCUGCACAAAGCAGCCAGAGCCAAGAAUCAAGUAGCCCUCAAGACCCUUUUAGAGCUGGGAGCAUCUCCCAACUAUAAGGACAGCUGUGGCCUGACCCCUCUGUACCACACAGCCAUGGUGGGAGGGGACCCUUUCUGCUGUGAGCUAUUACUCCAUGAACAUGCUACAGUCAGCUGCAAGGAUGAAAAUGGAUGGCAAGAAAUUCAUCAGGCUUGCAGGUAUGGACACGUCCAACACCUGGAGCACCUCCUGUUCUACGGUGCUGACAUGUGUGCGCAGAAUGCCUCAGGGAACACAGCCCUGCACAUCUGUGCCCUCUACAACCAGGAGAGCUGUGCAAGGGUGCUGCUAUUCCGAGGAGCCAACAAGGAGAUCAAGAAUUACAACAGCCAGUCUCCAUUUCAGGUGGCUAUAAUAGCGGGAAAUUUUGAGCUUGCUGAAUACAUCAAGAAUCACAGGGAAGCUGAUAUUGUGCCCUUUAGGGAGGCUCCCACCUACUCCAACAGGAGGAGGAGGCCUCCCAGUACCUUGGCAGCCCCCCGGAUCCUGCUUCGCUCCAACAGCGACAACAACCUGAACAUCAACAACCUCCCCGAGUGGUCGGCCUCCUCCUCUGCCUCUUCACACCGCAGCCUUUCCCCUCACCUGCUCCAACAGAUGCAGAAUAAUCCCAAUGGAACUGUAAAAACUGUGGGGAGUUACACACCGUCCUCCCGGAGCCGCUCGCCGUCCCUCAACAGGCUGGGAGAGGAUGCCAAGAGGCAGCAGCACAGGCACAUCAGUGCCGUUUACAGUCCCAGUGCCAACAAGGAUACUCUGUCUGCCUUGGAUUAUCAGGGUCCCAAAAGGAAGCUCUACAGUGCUGUCCCUGGGAGACUUUUUAUUGUUGUAAAGCCAUAUCAACCUCAAGGGGAAGGGGAAAUUCACCUGCACAAAGGAGAUAGAGUCAAAGUGCUGAGCAUCGGAGAAGGUGGAUUCUGGGAAGGCAGCACCCGGGGACAUAUUGGCUGGUUUCCUGCAGAGUGUGUGGAAGAAGUUCAGUGCAAACCAAAUGAAAGCAAACCAGAAACACGAACAGAUAGAACAAAGAAGCUGUUCAGACACUACACGGUUGGAUCCUAUGACAGCUUUGAUGCUUCAAGUGACUGCAUAAUAGAAGAAAAGGCAGUGGUCCUGCAGAAAAAAGACAAUGAAGGAUUUGGAUUUGUGCUCAGAGGGGCAAAAGCUGACACACCAAUUGAAGAAUUCACCCCAACUCCAGCCUUUCCUGCUUUGCAGUACUUGGAAUCUGUGGAUGAAGGGGGAGUAGCAUGGCAAGCUGGCCUGAGAACUGGAGACUUUUUGAUCGAGGUUAAUAAUGAGAAUGUAGUGAAAGUUGGCCACAGGCAGGUGGUGAACAUGAUUCGACAAGGGGGCAAUCACCUCGUGCUGAAGGUUGUCACAGUAACCAGGAAUCUUGAUCCAGAUGACACAGCAAGAAAGAAAGCCCCACCACCUCCUAAGCGAGCUCCAACCACUGCACUGACCCUGCGGUCUAAGUCCAUGACCUCAGAGCUUGAAGAGCUUGUGGAUAAAGCUUCAGUACGGAAGAAGAAGGAUAUUCUCCCUUCACAUUUUGAAGGUUUGAAGAAGAGGAUUGUUUUUCGAGUCACACUAAAUAAGGUGGAUGAAAUAGUGCCAGUUUCCAAGCCAUCAAGAAUUUCAGACAAUGCAACUGUGGACUCCAGAGUGGCAACUAUAAAACAGCGGCCUUCUAGUAGAUGUUUUCCCUCAGCUACAGAUAUGAAUUCCAUGUAUGAGAGACAGGGUAUUGCUGUGAUGACGCCCACUGUCCCAGGGAGCCCUCAAGGUCCUUUUCUGGGUAUACCUCGGGGUACAAUGAGAAGACAAAAAUCUAUAGGAAUAACAGAGGAAGAGCGGCAGUUUCUGGCCCCUCCUAUGCUGAAGUUUACCAGGAGUCUUUCAAUGCCUGACACCUCUGAAGAUAUCCCACCACCACCACAGUCCUUACCCCCCUCACCACCGCCACCUUCUCCCUCUCUGUACAACUCCCCCAAAUCCCUGACAUCCCGGAGCUAUGGAACGAUCAAACCUCCAUUUAACCAGAAUUCAGGUGCAAAAAUCUCUUUGGUUAGGCCCGAGAGUGUGGGGACAAUGAUAAGGGACAAAGGGAUCUAUUACCGGCGGGAGCUGGACCGAUACUCCCUGGACUCAGAAGACCUAUACAACCGGAGUGCUGCAGCUCAGGCGAAUUUCAGGAGCAAGAGGGGCCAGAUGCCAGAAAACCCCUAUUCCGAGGUCGGGAAGAUCGCCAGCAAAGCAGUUUACGUGCCAGCCAAGCCAGCCAGGCGGAAGGGGAUGCUGGUGAAACAAUCCAACGUGGAGGACAGUCCAGAAAAGACCUGCUCAAUUCCAAUCCCAACCAUCAUCGUCAAAGAGCCAUCCACCAGCAGCAGCGGGAAAAGCAGCCAAGGGAGCAGCAUGGAAAUUGAUCCUCAGUCUUCAGAGCAGCCCGGACAGCUCCGGCCCGAUGACAGCUUGGGAGUCAGCAGUCCGUUCGCAGCAGCCAUCGCAGGGGCCGUGAGGGACAGGGAAAAGAGGCUGGAAGCGAGGCGCAAUUCCCCAGCAUUCCUCUCCACAGAUCUGGGAGACGAGGACGUUGGAUUAACCCCACCAACACCACGGUUGAGGCAGUCCAAGUUCACCGAGGAGGCAAUGUUCAGCAGUGAGGAUGGUUUCAGACAGCUCAUGUCGCCAUCUCCAAUCCCCGCCCCCAGAGAGCCUGAAAACCUUUUUAACAGCAACGAGCCCAGCAACCAGAGCGACUCAAGGACAUUGAAUGCUCUGUCCAAAACGAAAGGUACUGACAACAGUACAGCAGCAGUCAAACCCACGAGUGCUCCUGGCUCAGAUAGCUACGUCCACCCAGUCACAGGGAAACUGUUGGAUCCAAACUCGCCACUUGCCCUCGCACUCUCUGCCAGGGACAGAGCCAUGAAAGAGCAGACACAGCAGAUUCCAGGCAAAGGGGACGCUGUCAAAACCGACCUUAACAAACCGCUUUACAUUGACACCAAGCUGAGACCCAACAUGGAAACAACUUUUCCUGUUACUGCCACUGUCACCAGGCAAAAUACCCGUGGCCUGUUGAGACGGCAGGAGACUGAGAACAAGUACGAAAUGGACACAGGGAAAGAAAAGAAAGCUGAGGAGAAGAAGAAUAUGUUGAUAAACAUUGUGGAUACCUCGCAGCAAAAAUCAGCUGGUUUGUUGAUGGUGCACACAGUGGAUAUGGCAAAGUCAGAUGAUAUGCCUGAGGAUGAGGAGGAAAAGGAAGCUGAGAUGGAGCCAAGCCCUGAGACCUCCCCACCGGAGAGGCCAGAGGGCAGCGAGGAAGCAGAGAGCGAGCUGAGUGUCCCUGCUGCACCUGAGCCCCCAGCUUCUCCCUGCAAAACCAUUGUGGCCGCCAGCUCUGUGGACGACCCCGUCAUCCUGCCUUUCCGUAUCCCCCCGCCGCCCCUGGCCUCAGUGGACAUUGACGAGGAGUUCCUGUUCACCGAGCCGCUGCCCCCUCCCUUGGAGUUUGCCAACAGCUUCGACAUCCCCGAUGACCGCACGGUGCCCGGCUCGGCGCUGACAGACCUGAUGGCACAGAGGAAGAACGGCUCCCCUUCGCCCAGCCAGCCAGCAAACUCCUUGGACAACAAAAAGCAAGCGGGUCUCUCAAACUGUUUGCCUGCCUCCUUCCUGCCACCCCCUGACAGCUUCGACAACGUCACCGACUCUGGGAUCGAGGAGGUCGACAGUCGGAGCAGCAGUGACCAUCACCUAGAGACAACCAGCACUAUCUCAACGGUGUCCAGCAUCUCUACCUUAUCCUCAGAAGGGGGGGAGAACGUGGAUACUUGUACAGUCUAUGCAGAUGGGCAAACAUUUCUGGUGGACAAACCCCCAGUACCUCCUAAGCCAAAAAUGAAGCCCAUAAUCAACAAAAGCAAUGCACUUUACAAGGAUGCGCUGAUUGAGGAAACUGUAGACAGCUUCGUGAUCCCUCCUCCGGCUCCGCCCCCACCUCCCAUCAGUGUCCAGCCCAACCUGGCAAAAGUUGUCCCCCAAAGGACAUCCAAGCUAUGGGGGGAUGUGCCGGAGGUGAAAAGCCCGAUUCUCUCAGGCCCCAAGGCUAAUGUCAUUAGUGAAUUGAACUCAAUACUCCAGCAAAUGAACAGAGAGAAAUCCUCAAAGCCAGGGGAGGGAUUGGAGUCACCGACUGGAACAAAAACUGCGAGUCUCAGUACAAGGAGCACGGAAGUCAUGAGUACUGUCUCAGGUACACGAAGUACAACAAUCACUUUCACUGUCCGACCCGGAGCCAGCCAGCCGAUCACACUGCAGAGCAGAUCCCCAGACUAUGACAGCAGGACCUCAGGAGCAAGGCACGCUCCCAGCCCUGUGGUUUCACCAACAGAGAUUAAUAAAGACAUCCUUCCUGCUCCUCUGACUGCUUCUGCUUCAGCCUCAUCUCCUUCUCCAACUCUGUCUGAUGUAUUUAGUCUACCCAGCCAGCCCCCUUCUGGGGACUUAUUUGGCUUGACCACAGGGCGCAGCAGGUCUCCUUCUCCCUCAAUAUUACAACAGCCAAUCUCAAAUAAGCCUUUUACAACUAAGCCUGUCCACCUGUGGACUAAACCAGAUGUGGCAGAUUGGUUGGAAAGUCUAAACUUAGGUGAACAUAAAGAAACAUUUAUGGACAAUGAAAUAGAUGGCACACAUUUACCAAAUCUACAGAAGGAAGAUCUGAUAGACCUUGGAGUGACUAGAGUUGGGCACAGAAUGAACAUAGAAAGAGCUUUGAAGCAGCUGCUGGACAGAUAAGAAUAGCUAUUUUGCCUCACAAACUUCUGUUGAUAACUAGAGAUGGGCUGGUACUGACAUACCCCAAAUGCCUUGUCUGUCUGCGAGUGCCAGCAAAAUUGAGGGGGGGAGGGGGAAAACAGAUGAAUUCCUGGUACUCAGGUGAUGCAGACCAUCUGCUACAUGCCCAAACACAACCUAAAGAUGCUAAAGAAGUGGGGCCAUUUUAUUUCAAAGCUGUGGGGAGAUGUGAGAGAGAGACAAUUGUUAACUUUAAAACUCUUGAUAUUGCCCUUUGCCAGGACUGUCAUGUGACGAAUUUCUUUUAAAAUUGCAAACAUUUCAGGGCUUCUUUUACUGAAAGAAAAAAAAAAAAUUGCAUUUUAUUUUAUUCUUGUCUUGACAUUCAGUCUCCAUGCAGGCUUCUUUCCCCAGCUCUUGGUUCAUUUUAAGAGGACAGGUCGCUCCAUUACCACUCAAACCCAGUUUUAUCAGUAGAAGGGAUAUUGAGGUGGGCACAGGAGUUAAUAUUCCUCUUGUUUUACUGGUAUAGCUCCCUGAUCUGUUGGCAGUGAAGCUGGUUGUUCUGCUGGAGUCAGUCCAAAGGUAACCUUGCUCUGUUUUACCUGGUAUUUCUUUAUUUCUGCAGUGGUUUAGCACUCUUCCAAGGUGGCAGAACAAGUUCAGUGCACACUCCAUUGAGGUGGCCUUUAGGACGGUGCAGACGUUGAGUAAAGGCUGAGGAGGGACCACACUUAGAGGUACAGCAAAGUGAAGCUUGUUUGAACCUGGGACCUCCCCAGUUCUCAACCAGCUCAACUGCUGCUGAGUCAGAAUAUGAACUCCACAAGCCAGGACAAACUUUGGUGUGCAGGCAUGGCAUUGGGAUUUGACAGUGAGACACUGAGAGAGGCUGAGCCCUGAGAGGUGCUGUUUGAUUCAGUGAGUGGUAAGUGCCUGGGUAUUUUGAACAGCAGGCUGAGAACGAAGGAGAGGAGAGAUGAAUGUUCCCAUUGAAGUCAGUGGGAAGUGUGCCAGGAUCUGAAGUGAGAGAGGGAUUUCAGCCUGUUAGGAAUGGAAAUGCUUCAGCUCAUUGAGAGGAGGCAGAGGGGUGAUGCCAAGAUGGAAAGAGCUGUUGAGUGUCUCAGGGUGUGCACAUUCUGAAAGCCAGGAGGGCUGGGGAGGGAUCCAGGCUCUCAUUUUAUCACUGCUGGCAGGAACUGGCUCUGGAAAAGGACAGAGGGCUGGGCACUGGCCCCCAGCCCACUCCUUGGCACGAGAGGUGGGAGCACCCUGCCAGAAUCCAGGGGCUGGUUCACACGGCUUGGUUUAAAAAAAAAAAAAUUUUUUUUUCAACUUUCAAGUUAACAAGUCUCUCUCUGCAUGUUUGAACUCCCCCUUGUAAUUAACACCUCUGAAUAUCUGUGAGUUUUGCAGGACUUUCUGGACAGAAUAUUCAAGAUGUUCAAGGGUGGGUAAAUUGGGUGUGGAUGGCUAAACUGCCUCCCUACCAAACUUUCAGGUUCCCUUACAUUUUGCAAGGUACCUGAACUUUCUUUCCUUGAUAUGGUCCUUGAUAUGGUCCAGCCUAUCUCUAAUUUUUUAUUAUUGUGAUUAUUUUUUGCUCACAAACAAGUGUCUAAUUAGGUCUGCAACAGCCCUAGUAUGAGUACAUAAAGUUUAGCAUUUUAAAUAUCUUUCUUUACUGCAAGUUUAAAUAGUUGUACAGAUAGUUUAUAAGCACAAUAUUUUAAGAAAAUAAGUGGCUGGUCUACUGGGCAGCCUUUGUGCCACUUCAGUGCUAGGAAGUUAAAAACAGAAAAAAAACAAACAAAAAAACAGAAAAAAAAAAAGAAAAAAACACUUUUUGUGGUUUACUACUAUUUCUGUGGAAUAAUUAUAAAGUCUUGACCUUUUUAAAAUCAACCUCAUUUGGAUGCAUCUGAACCAGCAGAGCUGUGUUAUAUUUUCUAUCUUUGCUAGAACUUCUACAGAGGAGGAUGAAUAUUUCUUCAAAAGUGGUUACAGUUACCAAUGCAUUGGAAUCUCAUAAAAAUCAACUUACUUAAGCCUCCUGCCCCCUUUAUGGAACAGCAAAUCUUUUGACUUAACAUCUGUUACUGCGCUCUGUUUGUAUCUGGGGAGUUCCAAGGAACCUUGUAAUAAAAACGAAGCACCCAAGCGUUUUGCUGUCGAGGAGUGCUGAGUUUUUCCAUGGGAGGUGUAGAAAAUGGCAGUUCCACUCAGAUAGGUCGAUGCAGGCAACUUGAGGCCAUCAAACACUUUAAGAAGUAAAAAAACAAAAAAGAAAAAAAAAAAAGGUAAUUUAGCCAUCAUUUGUCUUCCAUUUGGUGAUACGACAGAAUUCAGUAAAUAAACCACUGAUGCCAUGCUCUUUUUUUUUUCUUUUUUUCUUUUUUUUUUUCUUUGUUGUUGUUGUUGUUUCUUUGGGUACAGUUGCUAUUACCUCUAUAACGUGCCAGAAAUAUGUUAGGAAAUAAAUACAGUAGUAAAAGAAAAAUAUAGAAGUUAACUUUUCGAGCUGUUUUUUUGGAUCACAACCUUCCUGUUGGUUGAACUUGCCCUGAGCAAGCUCUGACACACCCAGUAACUCCCAGGUGAGAUUGUCCCUUCCUCACACAGGUGUGGCUCCUGCUCGUGCAUCUCUUCAGGUACUCCAAGAGCAGGUACAAAACGAGCGGGAAGAGCAGAUGAAAGAGCUGUAAGGGAAUAGUUUUAUGUUUCACGUUGUGUCCUAUGAAGCAAAAAAGGUAAGGAGACCUGAGGGGACCUACUUGGACCACCAAAAUGCACCUCUGCCAAGUCGAGUUCAGUCUCCAGCUCUGAGGGGUGGUUUGAAACAAAAAAAAAGAAAGCAAUAGUAACAGAUAACGCCGUGGCCUCUGAGUAUUUUCACCAGGGGGGAGGAGAGAAGACCCAUUUCUUUCAUGCUACUCUGAUAGUGAAAAACAAAGUUGUUAGAGAUCUAUGAUAUUCUGGGUUUUAGGAUCAACUUUUGUUUAUAUACUGUAAUUUAAAUAAAUUGCAUUUACAUGCCUAGUUUCUGUAAUAUUUGUGUAUACAAUACCAAAAUCUUACAAGAUGUAAAUUGUGUAUAACUGCACAGACUCCUUGCCCUAGGUGUCUGAGAACAUUUUAAGUUUAAUUCAUAUAUUAUAAAAUGACUAGAUGUGACUGUUGAUUUACAGAAUUUACAUAUCACAAAGAAGUUAAUUAUUUGUGGAACUUAAGUUAAUAAAAAAAUAGUGAUUUUUUUUUUUUCUUUUCUUUACCUCUCAGUUCUUAAAAAGCAUUACCCAGUUGAUCUGGCGAUGAUUAUGUGUAUGAGCCACAAAUAUUGAUAAUUUUUCCAUUACAUUUUUUCUUUUCUUUUCUAGAUACUAAUAUGUUUCUCGCUAUAGUUUGUGUAACAACUUGUGUUCACGUUAUCUAUGUUGCUGUAAUUUUUGUGCUUUAAUUCCUCUUAUUUCAACGGAUUAAAAAAAAAAAAAAAUCAAGCUCCUGUAACUUGCACUUUUCCCCAAUCCUUAAUACUCUUGUAUGGCAACCAAAAUUACUGUAAGAAAUAAAUAUAAUAUUGCACUAAGGGUGUGGUUCUGAUUGCAAGCAGAGAACACUGUCUGGAUUUUUAUUAAAAAAGAAAAAAAUAAGUUGCCAAAAAAAGUUGCAAUUUGUUAUUGAAAACGCAUAAAAUGCUUUAACAAAUUGUAGAUAGAACUAUGGGAAAAUGAUUGAUUUAUUGUUGGGAAAAGCAUUUCCUGUUUAUUCCUUCUUUUUUUCUGGUUAAAGCAUUCCUUAUGCCAAAUGUUCCGUUCAUUUACUGAAUUUCAGGGGUCACGCUUGAAAUCUGGAAAACCAGGAGAUUUUGAAGGGGAGAGGUAGAAAACUGCAUUACCUGAUUUUUUUUGCCUUAAGGUGGAAUUCUGAAAUGCGUGGAAUGUUCUUUGUGCGGGGUGGGGGGAACACAUGCGCUGCUGCUGCUGCUGCUGCUGCUGCUCUGCGAUUUCAUGAGGCACUGAAAAGUGGGGGCUUGGGGGUUUUUGUUUCACUGGGGGGCUGAGGUUUCUCUGGGGCAGAGCAGCUUUGCAGAGGGGAGGAGGCAACAGCGCUCCUUGUCCGACUUUGUGCAUCUUGUGACUUUAAAAUCUGUUUGUACUGUGAAUAAACAAGGCUGCAGAUGGAGAAAAAAAAGACAACGAACAAAAAACCAAGGAAACAAUUCACAUCUUCUUUUGGCUUAAGUUAAAGAUUUGGGUUUUGCUCUUUAAAUGGUGAUGCAAUGAAGAGUAUUUUUUAUUUUUAUUUUCUAAGAUAUUGGAAUAAAUGCCUAGAACUGUUUGGUUGCAUAUGUUCCUUAACUAUGAUUCUCUUCUCAGCUGUUGUUCUAGAUCAUCAUUUUUGUAGCCCCCUGUUAUUAUUUCUCUCAUGAUUUCCCAACAACAAUUACUUGGCAGCUUUGUUUUGUUAAAAACUUAGAACCAGUCUGUUUGGGUAUUUUUUUACUUAUUUUAGGUAUUGUGGCAAACAUCUGUGUAUCCAAAUAAAGUCAGGUAUUUCCAGUGCAAAACAAAGAAUGCUUUGCAAUUGUCACUGCUUGUUGGCCAAAGAAAUGAGAAGAGUUGAUCAUUGCUGUCGUUGUGUACAUUGUAUCAAUGUGUUCUGCUUUAUUCUUUGGUUUCUGUAUUUUUUUCUGUAUUUUUUUUCCUGUAUUUUCCUGCAUUUCAUGGACUUUCAUCCCCUCUGUCCUUGGCUGGGCCACCCAGAGUAGCACGAUUGUAACAAUGCUUCAGAAUGUGUGUUUUUAAAAAAAAACAAAACAAAACAAAACAACAAAAAAUUAUACGUGCCUUAUAAUUUUCCACCUGGAUCAGCUACACUGUAUUUCACAUAAAAAGCUUUAUCUUCAAGGUGUUCAGUACCUGACAAACAGAGAGUGCUGGGUUGGAGUGAGCUCCGUGUCACUGCUUUAGGAAACACCGAGGAGCCGCAGUGGUUCAGACCUUAUCUCGCCACAUUUUUGGCAUUGUGAGCCUGAUUUCAAGUCUUCUAUUCAAAUCAAGCAAGCAAGAGGGGGGGAAAAGAAAUGAGAUGAGACUGUUAUUUUGGGUUCAGUUCACUGCCAUAAAUCCUGGGCGGUUGGUACAGUCGAUGUGGGCUGUGUUUCACAGACGAGGUAAUGAUGAUAAAUAAAUAAACCAAGUGGACUUGAUGCCAUUAAGUCUGCCACAAACUGAUUCUGUGCCACUGACAUCUAGUGGAACCUGAUGGACACUGUCUCAGAGCAAUAUCAGACCUUUUAAAAUAUUUAUUUAUUUAUUUCCUUUCAACUACUGUCAUUCUUUCUACAAGAAGCUGUUUUAGAAAAUUUUGUAUUGUUAUUGUUUAGGUUGGCCUCAGUAUUUAAGUCACAGAAAGGCUGACUGUAUAAUUACAAAAAUUAUACAUGAAUGAGAAAUCUUUGAUGUGUUUUCUGGUCUCUCUGUGCUUAUGUUUUCUCAGUUUUCUGUUUUGAGUGUCAGCAUCUCCAUGUGAUACUUCAUCUGCAUCCAGCAUGGUUUUUUAUGGGAAUAUAGAUUUUGUCUCCAGUACUGUAAACCUUGGACUGUUUUGAACCAUUUCUGACACUACAACCUGAUGAACAACAGCCUGUUCAGCUCCAAAUUGUGAAAAAAGUGAGUUUUGAGGUUAGGAAGCAGUUCAGAACAGCUGGGGGGAAUUUCCCUGAUGCGCUUGCAGUGCUGAAGUUUGGUUUCUCCAGUAAAAUUCCAGUUGUUUUUUCCUCAGGACUGAUGCCAGGAGGAAUCCGUGCACGUGUGUGUGAGUUCUUGUAUGCUUUCAAUGUAAAGGUCCUUGGGCAGCCUUAGAAAACAAUGUACAGAUAGGACACCAGUGUUGCAUGUGCUUAAACCUGUACUGGAAUCAAUGUCGCCGUGUACCUGUUUGCUUUGGAAAUCUGAAGAGAAUACAAUAUACAGAAACCUCAAAAUCUA